AUGUUUGGAGAUGAUGAGAAAAAUCAUCGUAAGUUAAAACCUUUGAUUGUUUACGACGAUAUCACAGAUAGAUAACAGUCAAUGACUAGUUCAUCAUCGAGCUCGUCUUACUUAAAAAAGGUCAAUUAGAAAUUAACUCAAUCAACUGAAGCUGACAAUCAAAUUGAUAAUACUAAUACUACUUCUUUUUAUACAAUAAUAAGCAAAUACUAUGACUAUUACAAUAACCAACCAACUCAAAGAGAGAAACCACAAAUCCCUUAAAACCCUGUUAAAAAAAUUGAGAGACUCUAUACAGAAUAAAAUGAAUAAAUCAAUAACCAAUAAGUCAGGCGAAAAAGCACAAGGAAGCUUGAAGAGCAGAAAUUAAAAAAUAAGAAACCUAAUCCUUCUUAUAAUAAAAAUAAGUAACUUUUUUGA